GCGAUGAUGCGCACCCUGCUCGGAAUUUUGGAGCAACUCACUCGGAUCUACUCGUCUCCUCAGAUCAGUGGGCACCUGCUGGAGUUCGUAUCGUCUAUCUCGCGCGAGCACCAGCUAUACGCCAACUUCCACACCAAGGACUACACGACUCUGUUUGCUGUGGCCAUCAACUAUAUUCAGUUCCACAAUAACCAGCGCCGGCGCGAGUCGUCUACCUCUGUUCAAAACGUGGCGCUGAGCCAGUACGUUUUCAUCAUGGCGUACCAGAUCAUUGAUGUCUUUUUUCUGUCACUCCCGACGAGGCUCAAGUCGGAGGUCGUUGACCACAUUGUCAUGGGCCUGCUGCGGGCAAACUAUAGUCGCACCAGUUUGGACGAAGCGAACGCGGUUUGCUUGGACAUGAUCCUGAAAAACUACAACCGGUCGAGCGAUGAGAUUCUGAAACUGGCGGACGCCGUCUUUGCAGAGGACCUCGGGUCGGUAGUCGAGCGUAGCUGGCUGCAGCACAACGCCAUUGUGACUAUUCGCGCCCAAAGACGGGGCUUGCUGGCACAGAUAAUUGUGCGCAGUGCGAGCGGAACGACCUUGCGCAUGGUCGAUCUGCCGGCCGAGGUCCGCAAAAAGUAUGCCGAGCGGAUCGAGCUGCCGCCAAUGUCCCCGCCGAUCAGCCCGACCACCGAUUCGCCAAGUUCAAGCUUGGGCCCCGCUCUGCUUCUCGGAGAGCUGGUGACGAACAACGCGGCCAUGAGUCGCGCCGCGCACCUACCCAUCAGCUUUGGACCGGCGCCGUGCUUGGCACAAGAGUUCAUCACUGCGUACCCGGGCCUGCAGAACAUCGACCCACCAGAGCUGCUGCCCUCGGGCGCCGAGGCCAUCGCGCGCUCGAUCCGCGUCUUUGACACUAUGAACACCGUUGACACUUACAAGGUCAGUGUUGUUUACGUCGGGCCCGGCCAGACCACUGAGCGCGAGAUCCUGCUUAACCAACAGGGCUCGCCGGUGUACUGGAACUUUUUGCGCGGGUUGGGGACAAUCACACGCCUAAGCGGCAUGAAGGGGUUCUCCGCGAGCCUGGAUACUAGCGGCAACGACGAAGACGGCCGCUACACCAUUCGUUGGCGCGACCUGGUCUCGCAGCUAGUCUUCCAUGUUGGCACGCUGAUGCCGGCGCGCGAGGACAAGCACGAGCAGAUCAUCCGCAAGAAGGCGCACAUGGCCAACGACUACGUGCAGAUUGUGUUCAAUGAGUCAGGCAGGGACUAUGAAUUUGACACGAUCCCGAGCCAGUUCAAUUACGUGCAGAUCAUCGUCACGCCGAACGACAAAACCAUGUAUGUGCAACUCUACAAGGUCAUGACCCAGGUCAACCCAAGCGUGCCCUUUUACGGGCCGGCCAUCGAACCGAAGCUGCUGACGCUGACUGCGCUGCCCGCGUUUGUCAGGAGCAUAGCGAUCCACGCAGCGAUCCUUUCGAAUGUCUUUUCCAGCUGCAAAAAGGCCGACUCCAGCGCUGCCGAGUUAUCUCGCCCUGGCGCGCGCGGCUGCGGACCAUCCAUCGCCUUCGCCAGAACGCGCAGCGCGAGGCUGCCAAGUCUCCUCCAACGCCGGGGGCCGAUGUCUGUGGCGACUCGAUGAGUGACUUUGGAGACAUUGUCAGCAACCCGGUGCAGCCACCACAGCCAGCCAGGCACUGGGCUUCCUUGUCAAGGAUCUGAACAUGUUCAUUGGUCGCGCUUGAUUUGAUUCCACGCCUCCAAACAAUCAUAUAGUGACAGUAUAAGCGCUGGAAAUAGAGUUUUGGAGCGCAAAACCAUAUUUAUUUGGUCAAACGCUCGUAUAGUUUGGCUGGUAUUAAUGAAUAAACUGAAAGAAAAUUAAAA